AUGGGUGAUUUUAAAAAGAAUGCAUCACUAGUAGGUAUGGUGGAAACUCGGAUCAACCAUCCGGACCAACUAGUAGCUCAAAGGUGCCCGAGUACAGGAGUAUCAAAUGCUCAUAUCAAGAAGAGGAAGCCGUCGGCUCCAACUUCGAUCGCAUCAAGCCCCGCAAAAUCAAUUAUUCCUAGCGGUGGCGCCUUUGACCCUAUUCCGCCGCUCGGAAACCAGGUAGCCUCGCAAGGGAUUCCUCCCACCAAAAGACGGCGUGGUCGACCGCCAAAGAACCCCCCUUCGCAAACUUAUGUUUCUACGAUCGAGUUCAUACAGGAGUCAGGUAUCGGUGGUGAAGCGGAGUCGCAUCAUAAGCCCCGUCACUCCCCGGGCCUGCACGCUCUAGAUACCUUUGUGAACUUUCCGGAAUCCCAUUUGCCCAAUGUAAACAUGGAAUCUUUUAACGAUGCCGAUUUUCAAUCAAAUAAAUACUGGGAUGCAUCUUUCCCCGGGUCUUUUUUGUCGGACAGCCAUAUUCCUCAGAGCCUCACAGCCGUGCCUAGCGAUAUCGACCUAGCCUCCGCGGCAUCGACGUUCGAUUGGUCAAACGUGCCCACCACCAUGGGUACCGCUAUUACAAACGGGAUGAUAGAUCCUUUGCGACCCCUCUCAAUGCACUCAUUGGGCGAAAGUAUCUUCCCUCACCAUCCUCAUCCCGAUAGUAUCAACUUUUCGUUCGCUCAGGACCCAUCGUCUGCAAGUGAUAUUAUCUCGCCUGGUUCCGUGAAUCCAAACCUCAUCUUUUCCAACCAAGACAUGGGUAAAUCGUAUGGUGACGACAUUGGAUUUCGCCCAUACCACCAACAAAACCUGCAGCAACAGGAAGAGUUGGCUGGUCAGCGAAAAAGACAGAGCAAGGCUGCUCUUGCGAAUGCUCGAUUUCAACCCUCUACUAGUAAGCCUAUCAGGAAGAGAGCUUUGACCGAAAGUGCCUUUAUUCAGUCUAGCGGGAGGGGAAAACCGUCUGGUGUACCCGUGCACCCCAGCCCAAGGAAGCAAAUGGGCGCGUUCCUGAGCAAGACGAGGUCCACCAUCCAGGACGAAAAUACCACACCAUCUCCAACGGUAGACGGGAUUUCUAGAAAGGUCACUCCUGGAAGCAGUGGGUCGAAAAAUGGUAGCGCGAAGACUAGAACUACAGUAAACUUCUCAAUUUCCCCCGGAGGAAGAGCAAAGGCAGAAAAGGUUCUUAUCGAGGACCGGCGUCUGCAUCUCGAGCAUUCGGAUUCUGAAGGCGAUAAUCAUGGGGAAUAUGAUACCGACUCUUCAACGGACGAAGAUGACUUCGAUCCCAACUCCAGCUACUCAAUGUCCGCAAGACGUCUAGCCGGUUCGAGGGCCCAACGCCGUGGCUCGGUUUCAUCCUUGAACCGGUCCAUGGAGCGACCGAAGCUUGCGCGUUUCAAAACCACCCCGUCGGGUUCGUUCUCGUCUUCAUCCCGGUUUUUGAUGUCAGGUGAAUUUGCAUCCGAUAGUUUCGGCCGCGAGAGCAAUCCAUUCUUGCCACCAAGCUUUUCCAUGUCCAGCUCUAGAAAAAGUCCUCAAAAGAGGAGCCCUCAUAAGAAGGAGCCAAGAUGCCACAGCCGCAAUCCAAGUAUCUACAGCAUCAAGUCUUCAAUAGGAGCUCCUAAUGCUAUCAACCUGGGCCCAAUGCGAGAAGAAGACGAGUAUUCCGAGGCAGAGACAGUCAUCGAUGGGCCUACCCUUACUUCUCAAGGUGAUGCUAUACUCGCCCUAAAGCAAGCCGUGGCCCGCCGAAACACCUAUUGCGUACCAGGAGGUGUCUCAAGAAGGCCACCGUCAUCAUACGGCACAUCUCGUCCUUCUACCAGGCACACCAACAUACUCCCUUCCUCACCCCCCAUGCAGCAGCAGCAUCAUCCUUAUGGGUUUUCUACCCCGCAAACUGUGAGAUCGGGUUAUUCCUCGGAUGCCUUCAACAUAUCACCGACAACAGUUACCGAUCCUGAUUGUCUUACCCCAACCACAUACGGUGGGCGUUCACGCUGCGGUGGACAUGACUUCGCUAUGGACAUUCGUUGCAGUUGUGUAUCCACGGGUUCUCCGGAGAUGCCUGUAUUACAAUGGUGA